UUUGGAACUCAAUAUAAUGAUUAGGAAAAAAAGUAAAGAUGAAACUUCCUUUAAUUCCGAUUCCGAUUCUGCUUCUGACUUUACUUCCUCAACAGACUCGGAUCUUAGUAGCGGAACUUCUUGGAUAAGCUGGUUUUGCAGUCUGAGAGAAAACGAGUUUUUAUGCGAAAUUCCUAAAGAAUGGAUCAUUGAUCAGUUUAACCUGACUGGGCUUGAUUCUCUUCCCAACUUUAAACAUGCUUUAAAUAUAAUUUUGGAUCUAGAGAUUAAUGAUGAAGAAAAGAUGAAGUUGGGAGAGAGUUCAGCGCUUUUGGUCUACGGGAUGAUUCAUUCUAGAUAUAUACUGACAAGUCGAGGCAUGUCUAUAAUGUAUAAAAAGUAUCUUGACGGGGAUUUUGGCAUUUGUCCUCGUGUUCUUUGUAAUAAGCAACACGUUCUUCCCAUUGGACUUUCCGACUGUGCUUUCAAGCAUAAAGUUAAGAUUUUCUGCCCUAGUUGCAAGGAGGUCUACCGAGUAAAAUCUCCUCGGCACAGACAGUUGGAUGGCGCUUACUUCGGAACUACGUUCCCACACUUGCUGACUUUUACGUAUCCGCGGAUAGCUGAUGCCGAAUUGAUUAAAUAUGUUCCCCGUAUAUUUGGAUUUAAAAUUCACCCAUCUUCUGCACGUUAUUUAAAACAAAUACUUAAUUCCGAGAACCGCUGACUAGCAGAGAACUAUGUCGUCAUAAUUUCGGCUUGAUCAACUUAUAAUCUAUUGUCGUCUGUACCAAUUUUGCAAGUUACUCGACACGUGUUUUAUGUAUUACCUAACAGUUCUACGC